AUGGAUUUAAAACAACAAAAAUUUAGAAAUGACAACGAGUUCAUGCUGUACAAUGGACAAAAAACAUCCUAUACAGAAGUUUACUUUAAACUUGGCAAUGCUCACUUGCUGUAUAGCAUUGAAAAUAAUCAAAAGUGCUCUUGUUCCAACACCCGAUUGGAUUUGGAAAGAAUGUGUAUUGCUCGAUCUGCGGUCGUCAAUUCCAAAGCAAGAAUUCUCGACUUGGAGGCCACUAAAUUUGAAAUCCAAGAAAAUUCAUCAACAUUCGUUGCAGGAAUGGUCGUUAGAGACGAUAAAUUGCCUCUUGAUGAGUGCUUUAUAUUGAGUACGUCCAGGACUGGCCAAGCAAUGACUGGACACGAUGACUACUUUAACAUGGAAGCUCGUGUCGAUAGUAAUGCCUUCAAAAUUCCAUCCUUUUGCCCAACGGUCGACAAGUGCUUGUAA